UUAUUAUGUACGUAUUUGUCAAAAUUCUACCGUCAAAAUGACUUUAAAAUGUACGAAGAAAUCAGUAUAUGCCCCAGCAGCGUUGAAAAAUUAAAAGUAGAAAAACAGAAAUCAGCGAAAAUCUCAUCUCACUUUUUAGUAACUAAACCAUCUAAUCCAAAGUCGCCAGUUAAAGUUCAUUCGACAACAUCGGUCGUAUGUAGGAUAUGUCAUACGAAUACGAUAUCAGAAUGCCUUAUAUCGCCGUGCAACUGCAGAGGAACAAUGGAAUACGUACAUUUAUCGUGUUUGGAAAGGUGGUUGAAUCAAUCGAGCAGGAGUCAUUGCGAAUUGUGUAUGUUUAAAUACAAAGCCAUCCAAACUAAAAGAUAUAAACUAUGGCAGAGUCUAAAACUCUGGGCCCGACAUCCCCGAAAUAAGGAACACGUUCGCGCGGAUUUACUCGUAGGCCUUUUAUUGACUUUGGUAACCUUUGCGUUGAUAACAACUAGCAUUGUGGGAAUGGAGUAUUUUAUGGUUGAAGGUACAAAACUUGGCGUCAGGAAAAAAUGGAUUCAAUCCGCUGUUUGCCUUUUCCUAUUAACUGUAAUUUUAGGCUAUGUCGUAACAAUUUAUCUAAUAAUCAGAGAUCAAUUUGUUCCUUGGUACACAUGGUGGACAACCACAGUUGACAUUCAUUUAUUACUGCCACCGAGCAUCAAUAGAAAAUUUUUUAGGAAAAUUAAUGCAACGGAUGUUUAGAGUAUAAUAAUAGUGAUUAUUUUAUUUUUAUUUUUUAGUUUUUUAUGAAAAUAUAAUACAUCUUUUAUUUAUUUAA